ACCCCGCUCCUGUCAAAGCCUCAUCACAGCGCCUGCACAGCACUGCUGGAAGUUGUACACUGAAGUUAGCCUCUUUGCACUUGUUCGUGGCAUAGCUAAGCUAACCAUGGCAGGAAAGCGGGCUUUAGUAAUCCUGUCUAAAGGUGCAGAGGAGAUGGAGACUGUUAUUCCUGUGGACGUCAUGCGCAGAGCUGGGAUUUCAGUGACGCUUGCAGGACUGACUGGCAAAGAGCCAGUCCAGUGCAGCAGGAACGUCGUCAUUUGUCCUGAUGCUAGCCUGGAGGACGCCAGCAAAGAGGGCCCAUAUGAUGUGGUUCUUCUACCAGGAGGAAUGCCAGGGGCACAGAAUCUAGCAGAGUCUCCUGCUGUGAAGGAGGUGCUGAAGGAUCAAGAUGGCAGAAAGGGUCUGAUUGCAGCCAUCUGUGCAGGUCCCAUUGCUCUACUUGCACAUGGCAUCGGGUAUGGCAGCACAGUCACCACACAUCCUGGCGCGAAGGAGAAGAUUAUGGCUGGAGACCACUAUAAAUAUUCAGAGGCUCGAGUACAGAAGGAUGGACAUUACAUCACCAGCCGUGGGCCAGGAACCAGUUUUGAGUUCGCCCUGACGAUUGUAGAGGAACUUAUGGGGGCUGAAGUUGCAGCUCAAGUCAAGGCUCCUCUCAUGUUAAAAGACUGAUUGUAGCCAUGUUCGUUAACAUUGUUCUAGCAGCACUGCCUGCUCUAUAAGUUUGCAACUACUGAGACAGCUAAUCCAAAUGUAGCUGACACAAAAAGUCAAAGUCACCAGUGACAAAUCAUUCUCCUGAGGGGAUAUAAGGAUGAUUCUGUUCAGACAGGUUAUUGUCUUCUAUGUCUUUCUUAGUUGGCAGUUAAAGGCAUCCCUUUUGUCAUUUUAUACUCAAAUACAAUCUGGAUAAUCACUGCACUGUUUUCAAAAUGAGGUGGGAUUGAUUUCCCUAUAUUGUAGUCUUUCCACAAAUUCCAAAUCAUUAUUUGGACAGUUUAAUUGUUUCACAUUAAACAUAAUUGUGAUGAAA